AUGCUCUUGCGCUUUUUCUACUGCAGCCGGCUUCCCCAAAGAGAAUCAAGAAGCCGUAUGAGUAUGAUGUCAUGCAAUCCUGCAACUAGCACCACCUUAACGUAUGAUGCGCAGGAAAUUGCAGAUUGUCCGGUUUGUUGCGAACGUUUUGAUCAUCCUCUGCAGCUUAGCUGUGGACAUUCGCUAUGCAGCACAUGUGUUGAGAGACUUGUGAGUUCGUUCAAAUCAUUUACCUUUGUCAUAAGACUUUUUAAGCAGUCAAUUCUUGACUUUUUUCAAUUUGAAACAUUUUUACAACCAAAGCAAAAUUGGUGUAAAACACACUAUAUUUUGAGAUGUUCCCCAAGGAUGAUCUAUAACUAUUAA